GGCUUAAUAAAAUCGUGGUACUCGAAACUGGCAUUCCCUAAUGGGUUCAGGGUAUUAAACAAAGCUUCAUGUCUUUUCUUAAUAUUCUGUAUAGCUAAGCUGUAAAUUUUUUAAAUAAAUAAAUGUUGCGUGUCUUCUGGUUCCGUCUGCACAAUUGCUUAGCUUGGUAUAACGAACGCAUUAGUAAGCUAAACGUCCAAAUGACAACAAGAUGAGUCUAAGACAAGAGCAGAGAAUUCUCAGCGUGCUGCUGCUGCUGGCUAUUGGGGAACUCGCAGCUGCGCAUACGAGCAGCUUCGAGCCAGGCUUUGGCUCUGGUCUCACAUCUGGGUCCGCAAAUCUGAGUCAAAUAAGUCCGAGCGUUAAACUAAGUCGAGCCAAGCGUGUUGCCAUCUACAAUGGCCAGGGUGUAGUUAAGUUCGUUGUCAGUAUUGCACAUCCUGUGAAGCAGGUGGAAAAGGAGCAGUCGUUCUGGUUCUUUUACAACUUGCAAAGCCAGUACAUUCCCACCACAGUACCCAUCUUUUGGUGGAGCUUUUGGAACACCACAACCUUUGUCUCCACAGCCCGUCAACUGCGCAAGAACAUGCAAGCCACUCUGCAUCGGGAUGAUACGCGCAGCUGGGUCUACGAUGUCAUUGAGACCGGCAUGGCAGCGCUGGAUGGCAGUGAGCGUGGCGCCAAUUGCUUGCUGCGCAGCAUCUGCGAGAUCUCUCAAUUGCCCUUUGAGAAUAGCAACAUAUUCAGCGAGAUCGCCAACGCAAUACUUAUACCCACGGCAGAUAAUGUUGCUGAAAAGUAUAUUAAUGCCAGAGAUGCGGGUCGCGCCGGUGCCGAUUGCCACAGGACUUACAAGGACUGCAGCCGAAAAACCUGGAAUUGGUUAACGAACUUUAAUAAACUAAAUUUCUGA